UGACAGGUUUGCUUUGAACAUAUUGGAAACGUUUUGAAGUUUUAUAAGUAGGAUGAGCAGAAUUAUAUGACCGUUCUGUUAGUUUACUAUAAACCCAUAUAUAUUUGUUUUGACCCAGUGUUUGAUUGCUGAUUCAAGUCGAAUUUGAGUAUUAAAUCGUGCACGAUGGCGGAGCGAGGAGCACAUCUGACCACAGCUGGAGGAGAAGGCAGACCCUCGAUCUUUGAAGUUUUAUCUCAGGACAUUUUGAUGAGUGCGGUUAAACCUGCACUUCAGCACGCCGUUAAAAUCCUGGCUGAGUCCAACCCUGCCCGAUAUGGAGUCCUCUGGAGGAAAUUCGAUGAGAUCUACGGCGUUCUUGACCUUCUGCUGCAGCACCACUUCUUGCUGCGCACCAGCGCCUCCUUUUCUGAGAACUUCUACGGGCUAAAGCGCGUGGCUCCAGAUGUCAACAGACGCGCCCAUCACGGCCUCGGCCGCAGGCGCCAUGCGCGCUCUCUGCUCCUCUUAGUACUCCUUCCUUACCUCCGAACCAAACUCGAGAAGGUGCUGGCUCGCCAGAGAGACGAGGACGACUUCUCGAUAAGGAUGCCCCAGUCCCUUGCUCAGAAGAUGUACAGAGCCUUCUUGGCAGCUUAUCCGUACGUUUGUAUGGCGUGGGACGGCUGGAGUUUUUGCCAUCAUUUGCUGUAUAUUUUCGGCAAUGCACGCACACAUUCGCCCCUGCUGUGGUUGGCGGGAGUCAAAUUGUCUUAUCUGACAGCUCAGGAUAUUCGUGACAUGGAUCUAAAGCCGGUGAGGCAAGCACUGGGCUCUAGCCAAAGCUUUGGAGAACGCCUGCAGCACAUGUUUUCCACGGUGCUUGGCAGUGUAGCCGUAACCCUCUCCACUAGUCUCUCGAUGGGAGUGUUUUUCCUGCAGUUCUUGGAGUGGUGGUACUCAUCGGAGAACCAGACCACUAUGAAGUCUCUCACCUCUCUGCCCACACCUCCGCCCCCGCUUCAUCUGGAGGACCAGAACGCUGCAGCGGCAUCCGGCAAAAUCUGCCCGCUCUGCAGGAAAGUGCGCAGUAACGACACGGCCCUGGCCACCUCCGGCUACGUUUUCUGUUACCGCUGUGUUUAUACGUAUGUAAAAACUAACCACAGGUGUCCGCUAACCGGCUACCCGUCGGAACUGCAGCAUCUAAUUAAGAUCUAUUCUCCAGAGGCAUAGAGCAAACUGAUUAUAUUAAACUGAUAAACAUAUGCUGGGAAAUUGACUUUAUAGUCAGAUAUCUCAUUUGACUCAACUUACCAAAUGCCACAUUGCCAUUUGAAUAAUUUUAAUAAUAAUAAUUCUAAUAAUAAAAACUGGGCAAAUUUUUGUGGUAUUAUGACCAAUGGUUGUACUUCUUUAAAUAAUUAUGGCAAAAAUUGUUUAGCAAAAUACCUGUACUUACCCUAAAUUACCCUAACUCAAUCAGAAAGGUACUACACAUGUGCACUGACAAAAACACUAAGCAUCCCUUUGUGCACUGUCUGUUAUUCUGAUAAUUUAAUUUGGGUUAUAAUGUAAUUUAUCAAGGAUUGAACUGACUGUCACCUUGCACCUACAGGGUCCGGGUUUGAUUCCCAUCUGUGUGUGCAUGGAGUUUGUAUGUUCUCCGCGCUUGGUGGGUUUCCUCCCACAGUCCAAAGACAUGCCGAUUAGACUAUUUGGCAUUCCCAAAUUGCCCACAGCGUGUGAAUGAGAGUGUGAGUGUGU